AUGUUGCCGGAGUUUUUCAAGAUAACUAACCAAAUUGAAAAAGAUCAAUUAAUUGAUAUGACAAAUGAUAUUUUAAAAGAAUUAGUUCCUUCUAUGGGUCCAAGAUUAAAAAUAUUGGCCAAGAUCAAAGAAAUGAAAGAACAGUUAUCAGUUGCUAAUGCAUCUUUGGUUACUUGUGACAAUACGGAAAAAGAGUGGAUUUCUUCGAAUAACUCCGAGCAACUUAGUUUGAUAUCCGACUCAAUUUGCUCUAAUAACACCACCACUAGUGGUUCAGCUGAACUAAUUUCAAUAUCUGAGUCGACUCCUAUACUUUUUUGUGACAAUAAUAAUAUAUUAACAUAUUUGAGGCCGAAUCAGUAUGAGGAUUUUUGUUUAAAAACCUUACUGACAACAACUGCUUUAGGAAAAAGUGUGUUAAUGUAUUAUAAUACUUAUAAAAAAUUAGAUAACACACAUCGAAAUAGAUUAUGCAGCAUAAUUGUUAAACAUUUAUAUAAUUAUAUAACAAAAAAUCGAUUACGUCAAGAAGAGUAUAACUCUUUGGCUGCCAAAAUAAUAACGCUAUUCUCCACUGAACGGAUUGGCACAUAUUAUGUCCCACCUAUAAAAAAAAACAACAGUCCGUUUGGAAAAUCAAUGAUGGCGAAGGGAAAACUGGUCAAUCAAGUAAAAAAUACUUUGUUUAGGUCAGGAGAUACAAACAAAAGGCAUAUAGGAAGCGAUGAAGACACUUACUUAGAGUCCAAGAAAAAAUGUUCAGGUUAG